CACUCACAUUCACACAGACACAACCAGAACAAACUCAGGAUGUGGUUCCUCGCUCUAGCGGUGAGCUCCUGUCUGCUGCUGCUCACUGGGCCGGCCGAGGCUGGGAUCAAACCGCUUGAGUCGCACUUCGCCGAGCCUGCAACCGCAGCGCCAGUGGACCCGCGCGGACCGGCGUCCGGUGGUUCGCUGGAAAUGGAGGCCAUCCCGGACGACUUCCAUAACGCGAACACGCUGACCGACGAGCUUGAGUACGAGGACUACCUCGACUUUGAUAAAAUCCUGGCCAUGGGCGAGGAUGACUACAACGAGGGCGACGAGAUCGAUGACAUCCCCACGCCGGCGCCCGAGUUGGACCUGGAGGCUGGGCCGUCCGACCCGAAAGUGCGGCGCGCACGUCUGCUGCGUCUCUUCCACGGGCGCUCGCGGCUGCAGCGCAUCAACGUGGUCAAUGCGAAGUUCGGCUUCCGCCUCUACCGCAGCCUGCGUAACCAUGUCAACCAGACGGACAACAUCCUGUUCGCGCCCGCCGGCAUCUCCAUCGCCAUGGGGAUGAUCGCACUGGGGGUGGGGCCACGCACGCAGGUGCAGCUGUACGAGACACUGGGCUUCGGCGAGUUCGUCAACGCCAGCGCGCACUACAACAACGCCACUGUGCACAAGCUCUUCCGCAAGCUCACGCACCGCCUCUUCCGACGCAACUUCGGCUACAUGCUGCGCUCCGUCAACGACCUUUACCUGCGGCAGGACGUCACUGUCCACGAGCCGUUCCGCACCGACGCCAAGGGCUACUACUUUGCUGAGCCGCAGUCCGUGGACUUUGCCGACCCCGCGUUCCUCAGGAAGGCCAACAGCCGAAUCCAGAAACUGACUAAAGGGCUGAUCAAGGAGCCGCUGCAGAGCGUCGACCCAAACAUGGUGCUGAUGCUCCUCAACUACCUCUACUUCAAAGGCACAUGGGAAAUGAAGUUCCCCAAGGAGCAGACGCACUACCGUAACUUCCGCGUGAACGAGAAGCAGCAGGUUCGCGUGGCCAUGAUGCAGAACAAGGGCAGCUACCAAGCGGCUAGCGACAACCAGCUGCAGUGCGACAUCCUCCGUCUACCCUACACGGGCAACAUCAGCAUGCUGGUGGUCAUCCCCCAGAAACUGUCCGGCAUGAGGAAACUCGAGCAGGAGAUCUCGCCCACGCUCAUCAACAAGUGGCUAAGCAACAUGACCAAUAGGACACGAGAGGUGGUGUUCCCCCGUUUCAACCUGAAACAAAACUACGACCUCAUUGGCCACCUGAAGGACAUGGGACUGACUGAGCUCUUUGAGGGCGGAGACUUCAGCCCCAUGACAGCAGAGGAGAUUGCCAUCAACUGGUUCCAGCACCAGGGGACGAUCACGGUGAACGAGGAAGGGACGGAGGCGGCUGCGCUGACGCAGGUGGGCUUCAUGCCACUGUCCACUCAGACGCGCUUCAUCGUGGACAGACCCUUCCUCUUCCUCAUCUACGAGCACCGCACCGACUGCCUGGUCUUCAUGGGCCGUGUGGUCAACCCCACGCAGAACUAAUGACAGACACACACAUACAAACACACACACACACACAUACAAACACACACACACACAUUCUCUCUCAUACACACACAUGAAUGCAUGUACAACUUGACCCCUAAAGAAAGGGUCAUUUACCUCCUUGUCCUAACCCCGUGUACCAACACUGGCCACUGUUAACUCCAAUCCACACACACACAAUCAAAUAUUACUUAAUACUAUUGCAAACACUUAGUCAUUGUUCACAGGAUUAAUGACAGAUGCAUAAACACUAACACCUACACAAACACACAAAAACACACACACUGAACACACUCAAACAUUUGUCAUCUGUUAAUGUUUUAUCUAUUGAAAAAACAGCACCUCAGAAGCAAACAGGCAUUACCCAUUUCUGUGCCACAUCACGCUACUCUUUAGCAUCCUUUAGCAUCCAUAGGCUAUCAUAUGCUAACAGUUUUUAGCAUCCUUUACCAUCCAUAGGCUAUCAUAUGCUAACAGUUUUUAGCAUCCUUUACCAUCCAUAGGCUAUCAUAUGCUAACAGUUUUUAGCAUCCUUUACCAUCCAUAGGCUAUCAUAUGCUAACAGUUUUUAGCAUCCUUUACCAUCCAUAGGCUAUCAUAUGCUAACAGUUUUUAGCAUCCUUCACCAUCCAAAGGCUUUCAUAUGCUAACACUCUUUAGCAUUCCGUCACCAUCCAUGGGCGUCCAUAACUCAUAAAGGAAGACUGUACAACAGGCACAUUUUCAAGCACUUUAGCAACUAUGCUAAAUUACUGUGUAUAUGGAUAUAACGGCAUGUGUCUGAUGACUACAACUGUAUGUAAGCAAUGAACGUCAUUUUUAUUUUAUGAGAGUAAUAAUGGCUUUAGAUGUGCAAGUGUUUGUGAUGUGGAUUAAAGCUAAUAAAAGUUAUAGGAUGAUGA